CCUCAUGAGAAAAAUGUAUGAUUCUCUAUAAUAACUUUGGAUUCCUCUCUCUACAAUUUUGAUCUUUCCUUUGAACUUUGUCCUGUGUGCUAUUCAGUUCGUUUCACUCUUUUAAACUUUGCUUUCUAUUUACUACAUUCUCUUUCUCACACAAUUUUUAUAUAUCCAGCGGAUAUUUUAACAAGGUACUUGAAGUAUCUCUAUAACAAAAUCAAACACAAUGCAUUUUUCAAAGAAGGCUCUGGCAGCCCUUAUUGGGUCUGCGACUAGCGCAAACGGUGCGAUCUUGUGGGAUGGUCGAUUCGAUUCUUCUUCAAUGGCCGAUUUGAAGGCUUGGUCAUGGAGUAAUGCUGUUGGCGAUUACCAAAAUUAUAUCCAUGGUACAGGUAACAUUACCAACUAUGUUGCUCUCGACAGCACUUACAAGAACCCUGCCGAUUCUGGAUCAGCCCUCGGUGCCAAGAUCACUCUUGAUAGUACUUCAUACUGGGAAGGUCAAAACAUGCGUCGUACCGAAUUGAUUCCUCAAACCUCCGCGGCUAUUGGAAGUGGAAAGGUUUACUACCAUUUCAGUAUGAAGCGUGAAGAUACCAAUGCACCAAGUAUCUACAGAGAACAUCAAAUCUGUUUCUUCGAGAGUCAUUUCACUGAGAUGAAGAGUGGUUGGAUUAGUGGAGAGACUGGAUCCAGUGAUCCUCUUUUGAGAUGGGAAGUCAGUGCGACUAGUCAAUGGAGUACUAACUGGACUGCUGGUGUUUGGCACAACAUUGCUUACGGAAUUGAUUUCUCCGCAGGCUCAGUUGAAUUCUACCACUCCACCGGAUCCGACCCUCUCACUCUUACCGUCCCAGCUGUUUCCGUUUCCGCCUCUUCCAAUGGUGCAGACUGGCAUUUGGGAGUUCUCGAACUCCCUGUCACUGGUCAAACCGAUGGAACCGAAGAUUUCUAUUUCUCUGGUGUAUACAUCGAGAGUGGAUCGCUUACCACUAGUGUUGCUGGACCAGGUGGAGCCGCGAGUUCCAGUUCUCCUUCUGCAAGCACGUCAGUAGAUUCUUCUUCUGUUCUUUCUAGCUCAGUAGUUUCUUCUUCUAUUCCUUCUUCUAGCGCCGCUCAGGUAUCCUCAUCAUCGGUCAUUCAAUCUUCACCAACAUCUAUUGCCGUCGCAAUUCAACAAUCCUCAGUUAUCUCUUCCCCAUCAAGCUCGACCAAAAAAUCCUGCACAAAGAAGGCCUCCGCUACUGGAUCUCAAGCUAGUGGAUCCAUUGUUGAAUUCACCUCAACUCAAACUGUCACCUCUGUCGAUAUCGUCCCUACUAGCGUCUACAUUACCGCCGGAGGAUCAACCUUCCUAACUACUUCUUCUGUUUCCUCUACCUAUACCUCUGAAUCCGCCAUUAUCACCUCUUCUGUUCUUUCCAAUGCAGCUCCAUCUACUUUUGUCACUUCCAAGAAGUCUUGCACAAAGAAAGCCUCAACAAGUUUGGCAGGAAAUGUAAACAUAGCUGCUAGUUCUUCAGCGGUUCUAACUUCUGCUGGUGUUAGCUCGAAGCCACAUACCACCAUGACCAUGACAAUCACCCAAACUACUUCUACUACUGUCGCUUCGAGCGCGGGUGCUACUAGCACUGGAGGAAGUACUUCGGGAGAGAUCGCUUUGUUUAUGCAAUGUGGAGGAAAGAACUGGACCGGAACUGGUACUUGCGUUAGCGGAAGUACUUGCAAGGCUCAAAAUGAUUAUUAUAGUCAAUGUGUUUCUGCUUAGAGUAGAUAAAUGAAAGAGGUUUAAGGGGAUGGGGGGGAGAGUGAAGGAAAGUUUUAUUCUAUUGUAUAUAGUUCGAAAUGUCUGUACAUGUCUGUGUGUUUCGAAAUGAAUAGUCUGGGUUAUUUAUAUCUAUCAAGUACAUACUACUUUACAUUCUUGCCCGUUCCAAUUUGGUGGUGAUUAUUUUCGAAUAGUCAAUCUAGUGGACGAGUGUCUUUAAAGAACCUUUGAACCCUAAGUUUGUUGAAUAGUAUCUAUACUGAAAUGAAAAUUGUCCC